AUGUCGCUAGCGCAAUAUCGACCAGAUAUCAGCCAAGCAUUCCAGUCCAAAGUUGACAAAUGGAUCAUAAGCAACUGUUCCCUAUCCGACGAUAUGAGAAGUCUAGGCUCGAUCGUGGUUAAUGAGAAUAAGCGGAAAAUUAUCAAACAUCCCGAGACAGGGAAGUGGUUUCAAUACGGUCGAAGGGCUGGGAAGAAGUCGUAUCUAUCUGAUACCUCGUUGGAUAUACCGCCUCGUAACAACAUCUUUCGUCGUGCGGACGCAACUUCUCAGAAUACUUCUAUGAGCUGUCCAAGACUAUCGGCUUGGGGGUCCAAUUCUGAACGAGCUACACCAUCAAUUCGACAACGAUACUUUGCCACUCCUACUCUUUCGACCAAUGUACCGAGUAGAUACCAAAGUACUGCAAGUACUGCUUCGGAAGAUAUUCCCAAUGGCCCUUUCCUAUCAUUCGCGUUGAAUCAAGACCAAGGAAAAGUCAGGCUCAGAAUUCGGGAAGAGGUGGGAGAGGAAUCGUCAGCGUACAUCGUGGAGAAUGACCAUGACCUUUCCAGAGAGGUAGAUAUUCACCCAAGUGACGUAAGUCCAACGACUGCUUGGUCAACUUGUUCGAAAUGGUACGAAACCAGUAAAAGCUACAUAUCAUCCUUCUUCCCAUCGUUGACCAGCUCAGCCACGGAGGGGAGAUCUUGUGUAUCUUCAGCUAUAGAAGGUGGUGGAUCCUUAUAUCCUACUGGAAAUUCAUUGGCUUCUCAAGCUUCAGAAGGGUUUUCAUCGGCUGUACGAUCCGGAAAAAAUAGAUUGGCGAAUGGACUGGAAAGUUUUGCUAGAUCUUUAAAUUCCCCUGGCAGUGAAAAGUAG